CCAAAAACCAAUUUUUAUAAAUUUUCAGAAGGGAAGAAACGUACGGUCUCUUCUCUUGUUUUCUAACUAGGAAGCUUCCAAGGCCAAGUUGUGUCGUCAUCUUCUCGGGACGGGAGAUAGAGCAUUUCUUCAUCAAUCAAAGAGUGUUGCUUAGAGUUAAUUGAUCUGAGAGACUGAAACUAUCAAUGUCUGGUGGCAUCGCCCGCGGCCGACUUACAGAGGAGCGAAAAGCGUGGCGGAAGAAUCACCCGCACGGUUUUGUCGCGAAGCCCGAAACUGCUUCGGAUGGGUCUGUGAAUUUGAUGGUAUGGCAGUGUAUUAUCCCUGGAAAAGCUGGGACUGAUUGGGAAGGUGGGUACUUUCCACUGACGCUUCACUUCUCUGAAGACUAUCCCAGUAAACCCCCCAAGUGCAAAUUCCCGCAAGGUUUUUUCCACCCUAAUGUCUAUCCUUCUGGAACAGUAUGCCUGUCAAUCCUCAAUGAGGACAAUGGAUGGAGACCAGCCAUUACUGUGAAGCAAAUUUUGGUCGGCAUCCAAGAUUUGCUUGAUCAACCCAAUCCUGCCGAUCCUGCACAAACUGAUGGAUAUCAGCUCUAUAUCCAGGAUCCCGCCGAAUACAAGAGAAGAGUGCGACAGCAGGCCAAACAAUAUCCACAUGUUAUCUGAUGUGCUUCCUUGAUAUGAUUUAACUAAUAGCAUUCAUUAUGAUCUCGGGCUCUCUUUUAGACUGGAGAAAUUUCGUUCCUACAUUGAAGCAAUGAAAAAUUCAUUGUUUUCUGUCAAUUUCAAUUUGUAAUUUGACAGUAUACUAACUUUUGGAUGGGGAAGUUAUGACAUCGAUUGUGAAGAAUAUCAGAAGUUCUUCCUUAUUGAA